AUGCCUGGCAUCGAUCCCCAGAUCAUCUGCCAUCGCCUACACGUCAACCCAGCCAUCAAGCCUGUAGCGCAAAAGAGACGCAACUUCGCCCCCGAGCGAGUCGCCAUCAUUGAAGCCGAGAUCGACAAGCUUCUAGUUGCCGGUUUCAUUGAAGAAGUCUCAUACGCAGAAUGGCUGGCGAACGUUGUUCUAGUAGCAAAGAAAGAUAAAGGCCUGUGGAGAGUGUGCGUCGACUAUACUGACCUCAACAAGGCAUGUCCUAAAGAUAACUUUCCACUGCCGAGAAUUGACCAGCUCGUCGAUUCAACUUCCGGCAAUCAACUGCUAAGCUUCAUGGACGCCUACUCCGGUUACAACCAGAUCAUGAUGCAUGAAAACGACAAGGCAAAGACCUCUUUCAUCAUCGAAAGAGGUACCUACUGCUACAAGGUCAUGCCCUUUGGGCUGAAGAACGCCGGAGCAACCUACCAAAGGCUGGUGAAUAAAAUUUUCAAGGAGCAAAUUGGCAAGACUAUGGAGGUCUACGUAGACGACAUGCUAGUCAAAGCUCCCGAGCGAGCAGACCACAUCGAGAAUCUUGCCGAGGCAUUCAGCAUACUCCGAAAAUACAACAUGAAGUUGAACCCGAGCAAAUGCACAUUUGGAGUCUCGUCCGGCCGAUUCCUUGGAUACUUAGUCACCCAAAGAGGAAUUGAGGCACAUCCAAAUCAAAUCAAGGCUAUACUCACCAUGAAGUCACCUGCCACAACAAAGGAGAUACAAAGUCUAACGGGUAGGGCGGCAGCUCUCAACCGAUUCCUCUCUAGAUCUACCGACAAAUGCAGGCCAUUUUUCAAAGCCUUGAAGAAGGGACACAAGGAUAAGUGGGAUGACGAGUGUGAAGUGGCUUUUCAAAACUUGAAAACUUACCUCACUUCACCUCCAUUACUCUCAAAGCCGAUGCCAGGCGAAGACUUGUACAUCUACCUAGCGGUGUCCGACUCAGCUGUCAGCUCAGCUCUCAUCCGAGAAGAGCUGGGGGGCACAACAUCCGAAUUUCCUUUGAGAUCGAUCCUUCACAGCCCCGACGCUUCUCAGCGACUCAUGAAAUGGGCUAUCGAACUCAGUCAAUACGACCUCCUCUACCGGCCGAAGACUGCUAUAAAAGCCCAAGCUUUAGCAGAUUUUGUUGUAGAGUUUACUCCGACAGCCGAAGAAGAGAAGAUGGUUGCGAAAAGCAAGGAAAAAGCGGACGACACCUUCCCCACCGAUUCGAACCUACCUAACGACAUGUGGCAGUUGCAUGUAGACGGAGCAUCAAAUCACAAGGGAGCGGGAGCGGGAGUCGUCAUAAUCACCCCAGACGGAACCUUGUUGGAACAAGCUAUCACACUAGGCUUCUCUGCUUCAAACAACGAGGCAGAAUAUGAGGCACUGCUUGCAGGACUACGCCUAGCGAAAGAACUGUCGAUCAAGAGACUGGCCGUCUACUCAGACUCCCAACUGAUCACGAAUCAAGCCUCAGGCGAGUACAUGGCAAAGCACCCAAGAAUGGUUCAGUACCUCGACAAAGUCCAAGGACUUUUGAAAGAAUUCCCUACUUUCACCAUCCAACAAGUUCCACGGGCAGAGAACACUCAUGCAGAUGCGUUGGCGAGCCUAGGAUCAGCACUGGACACCCAGUUCAGACGCUCCAUCCCAGUUGAACACCUUGACCGGCCAAGCAUCGAAGAAAUAGAGCCGAUCGACUCAAUGCAGAUUGAUGAGGACCCCAGCUGGCAAGACCCCAUCAUCGACUACUUAGUGAAUGGAAACCUGCCAAUGGAUAAGUCCGAAGCUAGGAAGGUCCAGCAGAAGGCCGCGAGAUACUAUAUGCACGGCAGCAAGCUCAUCCGUAGAUCAUACUCCGGCCCUCAUCUCACCUGCAUAAAGUACCCUCAAACACUUGAAGUCCUCUGCGAAAUUCACGACGGCGAGUGUGGCAACCACUCGGGGGGCAGGUCACUCGCCCAGAAAACUCUAAACGUAGGCUAUUUCUGGCCUACCAUGCGCCACGACUCCGCUGAAUAUGUCAAAAGAUGUGAUCGUUGCCAACGAUACAAGCCGAUCCCUAAUCUGCCUGCCGAAGUUUACCAUCCGCAAAACAGUCCAUGGCCAUUCAUGCAAUGGGCCAUCGACUUAGUGGGUCCCUUGCCACCGGCGCCUGCCAAGAAAGAAAUGAUGAUCGUCGCCACUGAUUACUUUACUAAAUGGAUCGAGGCCGAAGCUCUAUCCUCUACUAAAGAAGCCGAUGUGGAGCGAUUCAUCUGGAGAAAUAUCAUCUGCCGGUUCGGCUGCCCACAAUCGUUGGUCACUGACAAUGGCUCACAGUUCAUUGGCAAGCAGAUCACCGCCUUCUUUGCGAAAUACAAGAUCAAACAACACCUGUCUACUCCAAGGUAUCCACAAGGAAAUGGGCAGGCUGAGGCAUCCAACAAAGUCAUAUUAGACUGCUUGAAGAAAAGGCUAGAAGGCGCCGAAGGGAAAUGGGUGGACGAACUCCCCGGAGUACUAUGGGCUUAUCGCACCACCAAACGAAGGUCGACUGACGAAACCCCAUUUUCCCUUGCCUAUGGAACUGAAGCGAUCAUUCCUCCUCACGUCAAUGUCCCCUCUAUAGGCAUUGAAGUCGGCAGCAUAGAGCAGAACUCCGAGCAGAUGAGACUCAACCUUGACUUACUUGAAGGCGAGCGCGAGAAGGCCAUUGUGCGAGUCGCCUCCUAUCAACAGCGGUUGAAGUCCUACUACGACAAAAGAGCCAAGAUCAGACAGUUUCAACCUGGCGACCUUGUGCUAAGAAAAGCCUUCAUCACUGCACAAAGACAAGGGUCUAAGAAAAUAAAACCCAAUUGGGAAGGCCCUUAUGUAAUCAGCCGGUCCGGGGGCAGAGGAAGCUACACGCUGGACACCAUGGAUGGGAAGGAAAUACCACGGCAAUGGAAUGCCUACCAUCUCCGAAAGUAUUAUCCCGUCCUUCGGGAGACGCAGGGCAACGACCAGAAGCGUCCUUCGGGAGACGCAGCCCAUAAAAAGCGUCCUAAGGGAGACGCAGGGUGCGCCAGGAAUUUCCUAAGGGAGGUAUCCAGGUUCCUAUCCGUUCCCUAA